GUAUCUUGGCAGUCAACCGUUGGAGACAGUUGGUGUUCAACGAGCCACGGAGAGCCACAGUUCACCCGAGAAUAUAUAUCUUUCUCUCUCCUGGGAAAUCUUAACGAUAUGUUGCUACUCCAGGCUUCCACAGCGAGGAGUUCAUGUGUGUGGUUUCUGCUGAUUCUCGGACUCCUUUCACAGAGCCAGAACACAUCCGGCUCCUUCUACAAAAUCCGCCCGGGCACCCUGAAGGAAUUCGAGUACGUCAACUGCCAAGGCACCUUUGAUAAGAAACUCUACAAUGAACUUAACCGCAUUUGUGAAGACUGUCAGAAUAUCUACCGCAGGGAUUCCCAACUGGCAAUGAAAUGCAAGGAUAACUGCUUCAAGAACUCAUGGUUCGAAGAGUGUGUUAAUUCACUUUUGCUGAAUGAUCAGAUGGAAAACUAUAAUAAGAAGAUUUCAUAUAUCAAUGGUCAAGACCUAUAAUCUAUUACACGAUGAAACUGCCCAGGAAGGUGGCUAUUUCGGCAACCACGAGUUGUAAAAAAAUACAGUAUUAGGAUUCCGAAUAAACUAUACGUUUCAGAUAUUAAGUGAUACAACCGAAAGAUUUCGAAUUGUAUUGGUUGAAUCCAAUCUACCGAAAUAGCGAAAAUCUUUUCAGUUGGGAUACAACCGAAAGAUUUCUGGCUAGGUUACACUGCGAUAUAAUGUAUAACUUGAAUUAAUUUUUCCACCAAACUAACAAUCACACACACACGGUAUUAGGAAGCCGCUAACUUAGUUAGUUGUCAAAUUUCAAUUAGCGAAUGGGUCACGUACAGAAUGUGUAUAACAUGAGUGGGGAGGCGGAAGGAGAGCUAGAUAUAGAUAGAGAGAGAGAGAUAAAGACAAAUAUAAGUUAAAUAAUAAAUGCAUAUGGGCACAGUAUCUUAAUCUUCUAAAUUCAGGUAUUUUUUUGCAUUAUUGUGGGCAACUUGCAACGCCAAGAAAAUGAUUUUAUGGAAGAGGUUAAUUUUACAUUUACACUACUAGCAGCUAAUGAAUAAGUUUUAACAUACAAUAUGAAAUGUAUUUAAUAUUCUUUUAAUGUUAAAUAACUACACAAUCAGAAUAUAGACCUCAAUAUACACAUCACUAGAAAUGACAAGAUGUUGACACACUGACCAUUAUAAAAUAUAAGGGAAACUGCCGAAGGUUCAUUUCUGAAAAAAAUUUUUGAUUAGUGAUCAAUUUCUACCAGAGGCCGACAUGCUUUCAAAAGUGGUCGGGACGGAACCCGAGAGUAAAAUGGGCUUUAUCUUUGAGAACAGUUUAUCCUCCCGUCCACGAAAAAAUAUUAAUUUUUUAUUCGUUUGCACUGACUCACGUUUCUGACUUUCGAUUAACUGAUAACGUUAUAUAUUUUGAAACACACAAAACACUGGCAUUUAAUGUCAACGUAACUUUGAAAGUUUAUAUGAACUUUAAAAUGGUGUGUCUGGAUAUUUUUUGGUACUAAAACCGACGUUAGCCAAUAUUCCAGUGACUGAAAACAGAUGAAUGGAUGAAAAGAGUCAAUCAUUCAAAUGUACAACUUAAAACUACAUCGAAAUUUACCCCAUUUUCAAUCAUAUUUUCCUUUGUCAUUUCUAGUCUUUUCUUUCUUAUAAUGUAGAUGAGUAUACAGCUCAGUGCUGAGAGAUUAUAGUUUUUUCAUUAGAUUUGAAUCAUUCACUCCUUUCCAUAUCCUCCUGCUUGUGAUUUUUUUUUUUCCAUUCCAUCAACUUUUCUUCUAAAUAUAUGUAGAGUAUUUAUUUUGUAAUUCUUGUUUAUACAUGCAAACAUGGGGCGAACGCGGUUCUUUCAUAUAUCAACUAUACGAUCACGUAAACAUCUUUAGCGAUGAUUAAGGUGCUGAUGCGAACGAAGAUUGCUGAAGGAAAUAAUUGUAUGAUUUAGCCUUUACUCAGCAUCUGAGAUUGUCCAUCAUUCAAGGCCGUUGUAGGUACAGUGGCUGAAAUGUCUUAAUGUUGGAUUCCGCGUGAAUCUGCCUUACUCAAAAAACCGGAAGCCUCAUAUGAGGGAGGUUAGAUAAUUAUCAAUAGAAAGCGCUAAGCCAAAAUAACAAUAUAGCACAUGGACGAGCUAUUAGGACAGCAUAAAUGGGAUAUGAGGAACGAAUGAAAGAACGUGCUAAUCACUUGGGUUAUGGGGAACAGAAUGAUGACCUUCUAGAAGCGAGACUCCGCUCUGCUGACUCAAUCCAAAUGGAUGUGGAACGUCAUUAAAACAGAAUUAAUUUGGUUUUCAUCUGAUUGAAGAGGCUUUAACCAUUUAAAUUUUCUUCUGAUAAAUACACAAACAUAUAUAUCCCUGAAAAAAAGUCCCAAUGUUUACUUAGUCUUGGUGAACAAAUAGCCACCACCCAAUGGAAAUAUGAACGACUGUUGCAACAGGUAUAAUUAACCCAACAUUUCCUUUUGCAUUAUUACUGUCCAUAAUGUGCUGAA